AUGUCCAGCUCUAAGGGUGGAGCUAGACAUUUCUCCAAGCCCUUCAUUGAAAGUGGCCUGCUGCUGAAGGUGCUGCUGAAGCAUGAGGCCUUGAUUAAAAAUUUCAAGGUGUAUGAAUUGUUGAGCAGAAACAGUGCUGUGGAUCCAUCUUCCAUGGUCCAUGCCUUGGAGUUUGUAUGUGACAUUCUGGAGUUGGAACCUCAAUGUGAAAUCCACCCAGCACCAUUGAGAAAUGGGUUGCUGAGCAUGCUGCAGUCAAAGCCCUCUGUGAACAACACAGAGCACAAUGGUGCUGUGUGGGUGCACAUGAGGGCUGAAAGAAUCAAUGUCCUCUUGUUCCAUGUCAGGAGGCUGGCAAGGACUGGCAUAAACAGUGCCUGUGCUGCAGCCUUGACUAGCUUGGAACUCACCAGGCUUCAAGACACCUUGAAAAAGGUGGCUCUGAAACCUUUGGAAAAGGGUGACACAGCUGAGGAGGAGCAACCUUUGCAAAAAGGUGAAGAUAAAGAGGGCCAGGGGAAUGAGAAAAAGAGGAAACUCAAGGUCCAGCCCAGUGAUGUCAGCCUGGACUCCAGAGGUUUUCCCAGCAUGCUGAAGAGCCCAGAGCAAUCCAAAAUGAAGGCUGGGCCAAGCAGAAUCUUGUCAAAGAGGGUGGGACAAACCCUUGUGAAAGGGGAAGUGGCAAAGAAGGAUCAGAAAAAGAAGCCUGCAGCUGCCAGCAGCAAAGCUAAAGCAAAGCCAAAGGCAAAGGCUUGCUUGAAAAAACCCAGUGCCAAACUGAAGGGUAACCAUGCUGCAUUGGAAGGUGAUGGGCCUUGGCUGACCUUGCAAAAGGUCAAUGGGAGCAAGCCAGAAAGGGCUUAUGUGCUUGGCUCCAAAGUGAAGGGUGUCAAGCCCAAGCUGAUCAUUGAGGUCACCAAGACCAUGUCCAAAAGGUACAGUUUUGUGCUGGACAAAAUCAUUGACUCCUUGAAAAAGGAGAAUCUGUGCAAAGAGGAUGCAAGGCCCACCUUGGUCUGGCAAAAAAAGGAGCUGGGCAAGAUCAAGGAGGAAGAGCCAUCUUCCAGCACUGGCCCAGGCCCAGCACCCUUGAAAAAGGGAGAGAAACUGGGGACUGUCAUGGUUGACUUCCACAACACCUUGGAAGUUCAUGAUGACAUCCCUGAGGAGAACCAGGAGGCAAUCUGGUCACUCUUGAAAAAGGGUUAUGAUGUGGUGGUCUGCUCCUUUGCAGGCAGGCAAAGGGCCUUGGAAGUGAAUGACACAAUGGUGGCCCAAGACUUCUACCAACACUUGAAAAAGUGUUUCUGCAUUUCAAGCAGGUGUGGAAAUGGUGGGAAAGCAGACCAGUGCAAAAAACUGGGCUGCACAGUCAUCUUCGAUGAUGGUGCUGACAUCUGCUGUGAAUGCUACAACCAUGGCCUGCAGGUGUUUCCCAUCACACACCCCAAGGAGAAGCACCAAUGGUGGGAGGCCAUGGGUGGCAAGACCUACCCCACCCUGGCAGAUGCUGUGAAGACCUUCCUCCACCAAGAAGGCAGAGUGAGCUGGCGGGAGUGCAGCAGGACAUGGGGAGUCUAUGAAUACCUUGACAAUGAAGAUUAUGAAAAAACAACUACUGGCAAGAAAACCAGAAAGUGGACCAUGGCACAAGAGUAUGAGAUGGCAGAGGAUGAAGCCCAGUCUUGGGAGGACCACUUGCAGAAGGAGCUCCACUCCUUGCUCAUGGAGCACACCCCUGGGAAGGGGUCUUCCCUUGUGAAAGGGCAUGGCAAAGGUUCAGGUAAAAAAGGUAGCAAAGGAAAGACUAAAAGUAAAGCAAAAACCAGAGACACCCCAGCUCUGGAGGACAUGCCCCCUGAGGAGCAGAUGGGUGAGGGAUUGAAGAAACUCAAAAGGACCAAAGAGCUCUUGACCCAGACCUACAGCAACUAUGAGGAAGCACUUGAAAAAGUGAAGACCUUGAAGUACCUCACAAAGCCUGCCUUGAAGGAUGAGAAGCAGCUGGAGCAGUUGGAAACCACACUUGGGAAAGUGAAAAAACUCCUUGCAAAAGGAGACAAGAAUAAUUUGGAUGGUAUCAAGGAAGCCUUGAAAGAUGCAGUGGCAACACUGCAGGAAGCCAAAGAUGAAGCAAAGGAACUGGUGCAGAUCAGCCUGAAGACACAAUCCAAAGCGUGCAUGCUGGAGUGCAUGGAACACUUGCAAAAAGUGGUCGACAUCUAUGAUGAAGAAGACAUUGUCUUAACCAUUGAAAAAUGGACAGAGGUUUUCACCCUUGCAAAAGGGUUCCUGGACACCUACUCCAUCCUCAACCAAUGGGGAGAGGAGGAGGAGAGGUUGCUGUUCCACAAGGUCUACAAGUUUCAUUCUUUCCAACAUUUAGUGGAGAACAGCAGGUAUCUGAAUCCAAAGAGCACUUGGUGCUUCUCUAAUGAAGAUUUUGUGGGCAAGAUUUCUUGCCUCACCUUCAGCAUCAGCCCAGGAGUUGCUGCUAAGAGAUUGAGUGCCAAGGUUGCACCAAAAUACAGGAUUCUCCUGCAUCUCCUUCUCACCAGGGACAAUUUUGAGGACACAUUGCAGGAGUUCUCCUUUGACCUUUGA